GGCGCAAUGUCUGACCAAUUUUCCGAAAAUGACUUCACCCUCCCCCCCUCCAUUUUGAGACAAGUGGUAGCGUCCACAGCGCGCGUGUUCCAAACUGUUUUGGUUGACGGAAGAAGAAGAAGAAGAAGAAGAAGAAGAAGAAGAAGAAGGAAGGACGGAGCAAAAGAUGAACGAGGAGAACAUGGUGGAGGAGAAAGUCCUGCAGGCUCAGAUCGAGCGUCUCCAGGCCGAAGUGGCAGAGCUGCAGUGUCGACAGCAGGACGACCAGAAGGACAUGACGUUCCACUUCAGAGGAGAAAUGCAGGAUGCCCUGUCAUACGUGUGCGGACAGAGACAGGCGGGAGUGAAGGAGGAGGAGGUGGUGUCCAAACUGGAGGCGGAAGUGGAGCAACUGGAGGAGGAUCUGAAGCGACAGACACAAAUGAACGGUGUCAGUCUGACCAGCUGCACCACGAAGACUCUGCGACGCACCAGCAGGAAGUGUGUCCAGGAGUUCUCUGUGUCGGGCCACUGCUUCGACCUCGACUUCCAGGUGGAGUUCCAGAUCUCUGAGUUCAAGCAGGGUCAGAGAUCUGAGAGGACCAUCAGUAAUCUGAAUGUGGUGAUUGAUGCCGGUGACCUGCAGUGCCUCGGGAGCUUCUUGUCUGGGGUGGAGGAGAGCAGCGAUCUUCUGUUAUUGUUCAGGACUCUUAGGACUUUCUCGGACAGAUGUGACGACCGGUGCAGAACCUUCCAGCACUUCCAGGAGAAGUAUCCGUCCAUCGUCUCUCUGCCAGGAGGCCACAGGUCAGAGGUCAUGACCCUGAAUCAUCCCGAGCUUCCUGGCUGCGUCCUGCUUAUCCAUUGGUCAGUGGAAGUUUCCCGAGAAGGUGGAGUCACUCCGAAGAUCAACCUGCUGACAAAGAUCCCAGAGAGAGCGCUGCAGUUGUUUCCCUCUCAGCCUGUAGGCGGCGCUGCCGAGGCCUUUCAGAGCCUGCUGAGGAUUCUGGGACCUGAAGCGGCCGUGGAGUCGCUCAUCAGGGCGGUCGGCCUCUCGCAGGACACGGACGUGACAUCAGAACAAAGAUAAAACCUGAUCAAACUUCCAGGGCAUCGCUUUUAAUAUUCAAGACUUUUUUUUUUUUCCUUUUCCACAUUAACUACGUGUAAAUCAAGUGAACACACACACAGCGACGGUUUAGUCUCUUAGAAAUCUUUAUUCAAUAGAAAGAGCGUGACUGUGACGGCUGUAACAGCAGAGCUCGUUGGUCAAAAUCUACAAAAAUAAAUAAUUUAAAUACAAAA